AUGGAUACGAAACGUGGUCACAUUACUGGCCUCUUCAGUAGCACUGUACUGGCAGUAACGCGCGAUUGCGAAAUCAAAAUUGAUGUUGAAAUGGGCGAUGUAUUGCAUGUUGCUGGAGGUGAACAUGCCGGGAUCGUGGUCAACAGACUUGCCGAUGAGAAGCCAAAUUCGAAGUGUGAUGUUGCUCUCAGCUUUGCGGUUUGGCUUCGAAGCGGCGAUAUCAAAAAACAGGUAGAAGUCACGGAUUUGAUUUUGAUAAAAUGUUUUUGUUCCUCUGCCAUUAGUAAGAAAUGGACAUGUUGGUAG